UUAAAGGGAGCCUGUCCCUUUAAGGGCCGCCUGCGUAAGACUGGAAGCGUCCGCCCUUGCGCCUGCGCACUGGCGCCUUGACCUCGCGCUCCGUCGGCGUUAAGGCUCGUGACUGCGGCGGGUUGUUGUUGUUAUUUUUCGAAGUGGGGGAGGGGAGGGGGAAGAGCUGGUUCCGUUUGUCGGAGGGAUACGAUCUUUAUUAUCGCGGCCGUUGUUGCCAUAGCGACGGGCCGCCAUGGAGGAGGAGCCGCCUCCGCCGUCGCUGCCGCCGGGAGCAGCCACCUCGGCGGCGUCCGAGGUGGCAGACAUCCGCGUCUCCGGCCCUCAGCCGCUGAGGCUCCUGGAGUGGAAAGUGUCGCCCGGGUCGGCGGUGAAGAUCGGCUCCGUGUUGGCGGUUUGCGCCCCUAUCCACCUCCCCGCCAGGCCCGGAACUACGGCGGCCGAGGGCGGCCCAACGCGGAAGGUCAAAGCGGAGCGGCCUGGCGUUGUACGAGAGCUCUGUGCGCAGCUGGGACGAGUCAUCCCUCCCGGAGGUGUUCUGCUGAGACUAGAAGCAUGCAGCCAUCCUGUUGUUAUGAAAGGCUUAUGUGCAGAAUGUGGCCAGGAUUUGACACAAUUACGAAGUAAAAAUGGAAAACAGAACAUGCCAGUAUCCACAGCAACUGUAUCAAUGGUUCAUAGUGUCCCAGAACUGAUGGUUAGCUCUGAGCAAGCUGAACAGUUGGGAAGAGAAGAUCAGGAAAGGCUACGUCGAAAUCGAAAACUUGUACUAAUGGUGGAUUUGGACCAGACUUUGAUCCAUACCACAGAACACCAUUGCCAACAGAUGUCUAACAGAGGAAUAUUUCAUUAUCAGUUAGGUCGAGGGGAACCUAUGCUGCAUACCCGUUUGCGUCCUCAUUGCAAGGAGUUCCUAGAAAAAAUUGCUAAACUGUAUGAACUACAUGUUUUCACCUUUGGGAGCAGACUUUAUGCACAUACAAUUGCAGCAUUCUUGGACUCUGAAAAGAAGCUCUUUUCUCAUCGAAUAUUAUCAAGGGAUGAAUGUAUUGAUCCAUGUUCUAAAACUGGGAAUCUUAGAAAUUUAUUUCCUUGUGGAGAUUCCAUGGUUUGUAUUAUUGAUGACAGAGAGGAUGUCUGGAAAUUUGCACCUAAUUUGAUAACUGUGAAGAAGUAUGUAUACUUUCAGGGUACAGGCGAUAUCAAUGCACCACCUGGAUCAAAGGAAGCCCAAAUGAGAAAGAAAGCAAAUCAUUCCUCAAAGUUAAGUGAGACAUCUGAUCCAGUAGCAGUAACAAAAGACUCGGAAGAAGUAAAGAAUGUUGGAAAUACAGAAGAACAAAGCAAUGGUAUUAGAAAAACUACAAAGGAAAUAAAUGGCAACAACUCUAUCAGGAGUGAGACCUCAUCCUGGGAUUUAAAUUCUAAUGACAAAGUUAAAGAUUCUGUAAAUGUUACUGAUCAUCUAACAGAUGUUACCAGUGCAAGUGAUCUGAUGAUUGCCAAGGACUCUCUUGUGUCUUCAGACCAGGAUAAAAGGAUAGUUACAGGCAAGCAGCAGACUUCAAACAAGGCAACAAAUUAUUUGGACUUUGAAUUAUCUAGUGAUAGUGAAAGUGACAGUGGGUUGGAUGCUAGGAAAUCAUCUUCUUCUUCUGCCACAGAUAGCGAAAAUGAAGGGAAAAGAAGCUGGAGAAAAUCGAAGCGGCCUGUACAGGAAGAAAGUAUAGUGCUUCUUGGAACUGAUACUAAUGUGGAAAAAGAUGGACAGGAAAACCAUUCUGGUGACACUAUAUCCUCACCUAGCAGCAAUCCUCAUACCAAGCCAUUUGAUCUAGAAGUGCAUGAAGAGAGUGAACAAGAUAGCCUUUGUAGUCUAGGAAAUGGAUGUUCGGACAAGAAGGAGGCUGAGACAGAGUCUCAAAAUAGUGAGCAAUCUGGGAUAACUGUGGGAGAAUCAUUAGAUCAAAGCAUGGAAGAAGAUGAUGAUGAUGAUACAGACCAGGAUGACCAUUUGAUAUAUCUUGAAGAGAUUCUUGUGCGGGUGCACACAGAUUACUAUUCAAAAUAUGAUAAAUAUGUAAGGAAAGAAACUGAUGAAAUUCCAGAUAUAAGAAAAAUAGUGCCAGAACUGAAACAAAAAGUGUUGUCAGGUGUUACCAUUUUAUUUAGUGGACUGUACCCAACAAAUUAUCCUAUAGAAAAUACACGAGAACAUUAUCAUGCUACUGCACUUGGUGCUAAGAUUGCAAAAAACCUAGUACUAAAUGAAGAUGACCCUAAUAGGACAACUCAUCUUAUUGCAGCAAGAGCUGGUACAGAAAAAGUCCGGCAAGGUCAGAGCUGUAAAAAUCUCCAUAUUGUAAAUCCAGAUUGGUUGUGGAGCUGCUUAGAGCGUUGGGACAAAGUAGAAGAACAACUGUUUCCUUUGAAGGAUGAUUACCUUAAAACACAAAGAGAGAACAGUCCUGCCAUGUUUCCAGAUAUACACAGUGCUUUCCAAACUGCCCUUUUUCAUCCAACUCCGAUUCAUCCAAAGUGUCAGCCUGGUCCUGAAGUUCGGCUUUAUGAUCCCAACACUGGAAAACUAAUUAGGAAGGGCUCUCAGAAUUCCAGUCAGUCUAUGAAUAUUCAAGGACCAUCUCCCUCUCUUGGUCUACCAGUCCAUGGCGAACAUUCCUUGUUCAGAGUUGUUCAACCGCAUCAGCAGUUUUUUGAUGAAGAGGGGAUGCCACCAAGUGAGACUGAAGAACCUGGCCCUUCCAAACGGAAACGCCAGGCAAGUAUGUCUGAGACAAUGCCACUGUACACCCUGUGUAAAGAGGAUUUAGAAAGUAUGGAUAAAGAGGUUGAUGACAUAUUGGGAGAAGGCAGUGACGACAGUGACAGUGAAAAAAAGAAGGGAGGAGAAAGAAAAGAAAAAGCACCACAGGAUAAUACAAAAGAUACUACAAACAUAAAAAUAGAUGAGAGGCCUGUUUCAGCAUCAUUGAGUGAAAGAAGUUUGACAGGCAAUCUAUCCAGGGGUCACAAGCGAAAACUUGAUGAAGAUGAUGUUGCCAGUGAAUCCAGUAAAGGAUCCAGCAAUGAAGAUGAGGAGGGCAGCAGCUCAGAAGCAGAUGAAAUGGCAGCAGCAUUGGAAGCUGAACUGAAUGAUUUCAUGUAACCUACAUAUGGAAGGGAAUUUGUAUUUAUCUGUUUUCUUUUUUCAACCAUUCAGAAUCCCAGUGGGAGAAUUUCCCAUCCUCUCCCAUAUAUUAUGUAUAUUUUGCAAAGCAACAUAGGAGGUCAUAACAUAUUAUUUUACAAAAUCUGAAAUAGAAGUUUUUAAGGUGUUUUACUAAAGGAAUAUAUUCUUUUUUAAAGGAGAAGUAUUAAAGGGGGACUUGGUGCGAUAUGCCAAAGACAAGUUAUGAGCUCUGCAGAACCUUCUUAUGCAAGAGAAUAGUGCAAAGAUUUGCAACUAAACAUUUUUAAAUUUUUGCCAUGAUGGCUUUGUGUACCAAGCUUCAUAAAAAAAAAAGAAGAAGAUGUAAGGAAUAUAUUGCAUGGACUGGGAUAUGUUUUCUUCUAAAAUAGAAAGGUUUUUUUUAAAAUGAAAGAUCAAUUUAUAUUUUGUAUAGGAACUGAGAGUGCUAUAUGCAAGCUUUGUGAACUCUGCACUUGACCUACCUGCCACUUGCUUCUAAGAGGAUAUAUGAUUGGCUUCCAUGUUUUUUAAGUUACUUUGUGGAUUAGUUGUAUCAUUUAGGAGACUAUUUAGAUUUUUUUCCCAUUUAGUUCUCUGCAAUUGCAGUUCUUUCACAGGUUACUGUGUGCAUUGUUGUACUGCCAUAAAACAUUCAUUUUCUGUUGUGUUUUGAAGGAAUGUGUGUAAGCUAAUUCUAGAUAGAAUUUUAUUUCUUUGAAAGAACAGAUGUAAAGUUUUUGUACAUUCUAUUUCAUAUUUGAUCUUCAAAACAAUUCUUUUCAUUUAAUAAAAUACAUUUUGUAAGCUCUGUUCUCAGUUCAUGAGUUGCAGUGCUAAUAAUUCUAUUUUGGUUGCUUUCAGAAGAUAAGAUGUACCUUUUUCAAAACUGUAACUUCAGCGAAAUUAGAAACAUAUUUUGGAAUGGGACCAAAGUGUUUUUGAUGGAAAUUCUCUUCAGGGCUUAUAACUAUCCCUUCUUUUAGGAUUGUUAAUUGAAUUGACCAGUAAUAACUUAUCAGUUUGAUCACAACAUUCUUGUUUAAUAUGUUUGAACAGGUUAUACUUUUAUUGUUUUCAUCCCUGUGAUUCAAGUAGCAUUUUGGUGGGUAAAUGGUUUUGUUUUGUUAUUAUCCUAAAACAUCAGCAAAUGGAUUAGUUGUAAGCACUGUCUUUGAAAACUAUGCUUGGGGGCCAAAUUAUAAUUUGCCUUUACACAGGGGAUCUUGUCCUAGUCCAGUGGAAUGUAGACUUUGACCUUUGAACUACAGCUUCCAUAAUCUCACCAUCAGCCAGCCUGGCUGGGGCUGCUGAGAAAGGAACCCAGCACCAUCAGGGGUGGGGACAUAAUGUUCUCCAGGCGGAGCUAGCCCUUUAACCUUGAACUCCAGCAGCAAUAAACCAUCAAAAGUUGUAUAUUUGCAUUUGCUUGCCUUCAUUCCUUGUUUUCCCCUUGCCUUCCAUACCUCUGUCUAAAAUUAGAUUGUAAGCACUUCAGGGCAGGGACCAAUAUGCUGCUUAUGUUACCUUGUAAAGCACUGUGUAUGUUGAUAAUGCUAUUUAAAUAAUAACAAUGUUGCUUUAUCAAGCAUGUAUAGAAAUGUUAGUUCUUUUUGUAUUUUUGAACAAAUGUAUAGGUGGUGUGAAUAUAUAAUUAAUCUGUGCUGACAGCAUUUGUAAAACAAGCAUAGCUUCUGUCAGUGAAAUACUUGGGUUUAUCUUGAUUUUAGACUUGAUUUUAGAUUGCUGCACAACAGAGUUGCCAUUUACUUUAUUAUGCCAUAGUAAUUCACUUCACAUAGUACUACACAGAAAGUGCAGAAAUCUCAGUUACACAUCAGUAAAUAGACUGAUGACUUAAAAUAAAAGAAACUAAAGGAAGAGGCAAGGUAAAUAUAGACUGUUGAAAAGUUCAAGGAAAUUAUUUGAACUUGAUAUUAGUUAUCAAGGAAAUGUUUUCUUUACCCCUAACAUAUGUAUUUGCUCUGCAUUUUACAUUUUAUACAGAUCUGUAACCAUCCCGAUAAAAUACUUUUGUGGCCCCAUUAUUCCCAACUGACUAUAGAUUGUCUACUAAUUUGCCUUUUAAAAUAUCUUUGUGUCAGUGAAUUUGAUCUGACAGUUUACUCUCCAUCUCCCACUCUCUUUAUAAAUAGACAUCAUGGUGUUCCUUCUACACGAAGAUCAAGAAAAGCAUCAGCCCAGGUCAUGAACCAAGUGUAGGCAGACAUGCCGUAUCAUCUGCCAAGAUUGCAUAUAGAUCCCUUACAUGACCUUUGUUGCCAAUUUAUUGCUGAACUGAGAAGCAGCUUUAAUCGUACUUGG